UGUGAAAUGGGCGUUAUUCACCGUUAGCCUCCCACUACGCCCUGUCUUCCGCCCUCACAUAUAUAAACAAUACGUUUGCGGUGUGAAGGGAUACCAUCGGAGACAUAUAUUUUGAAGCACUUCAUACAGCUGAAGCACAAUGCCUGGAUCAACCCCAUCUAGCUGCCUGCCACAAUGGCCAAACGAUGUAGGAAUUAUUGCCUUGGAGGUGUACUUUCCCUCCCAGUUUGUUGACCAGACUGAGUUGGAGGAGUUUGAUGGAGUUUCCGCUGGCAAGUACACUAUCGGCUUGGGCCAGGCGCGGAUGGGCUUCUGCUCAGACAGAGAGGACAUCAACUCCUUGUGCCUGACUGUGGUUCAGCGCUUGAUGGAGAAGAAUGGCUUGGGGUUUGAUAGUAUAGGUCGUCUGGAAGUCGGCACCGAGACCAUUAUUGACAAGUCGAAGUCCGUCAAGACUGUCCUUAUGCAGCUGUUUGAGGCCUCUGGCAACACAGACGUUGAAGGCAUUGACACGACCAACGCCUGCUAUGGAGGUACAGCAGCACUGUUCAACGCUGUUAAUUGGGUGGAGUCCAGUUCCUGGGAUGGUCGGUAUGCUUUGGUGGUAGCAGGAGAUAUUGCCGUCUACGCGUCUGGCAGUGCCCGACCUACAGGGGGCGCUGGAGCUGUGGCCAUGCUGGUGGGUCCUGACGCACCGUUGGCGCUGGAUCGAGGCCUACGAGGAACUCACAUGACGCACGCCUAUGACUUCUACAAACCAGACAUGGUCUCAGAGUACCCGGUGGUCGAUGGAAAGCAGUCCAUUGAAUGCUACCUGAGUGCCUUGGACCGCUGUUACUCUGUAUACCGCAGCAAGAUCCAUGCACAGUGGCAAAGAGCUGGGGUGGAGAAAAGUUUCAGCCUGGAAGACUUUAGCUUCCUGGCAUUCCACUCGCCUUACUGCAAGUUGGUGCAGAAGUCGCUAGCACGGUUAAUGCUCAACGACUUCCUUGUGUCCAGCCCCAGCUCACAGACGGGACCCUUCGCCGACCUAGAGGCCUUCAGGGAUAUUAAACUGGCGGACACCUACUUCGACCGGGACGUGGAGAAGGCUUUCAUGAAGGCCAGUGCAGAACUUUUUGAGAAGAAGACAAAGUCCUCUUUGCUAAUCUCAAACCAGAAUGGCAACAUGUACACCCCAUCCGUCUACGGCUGCCUGGCCUCGCUUAUUGCAACACAUUCUCCUCAACAACUGGCAGGUCAGAGGGUAGGACUCUUCUCCUACGGCUCGGGUUUGGCUGCAACUCUCUACUCCAUCAGCGUUACACAGGACCAUACACCUGGGUCCCCACUGGACAAACUAGUGAGCAGCCUUUGUGACCUGAAGGCCAGACUAGACUCCAGGAGGAAAGUGUCUCCGAACGUCUUUAGUGAAAACAUGAAGCUGAGGGAGGAGACCCACCACCUCGCGAGCUACACGCCCCAUGGCUCUGUGGAGGAGCUGUUCCCAGGAACAUGGUACCUGACCAGGGUAGACGACAAGCACCGCAGGGAGUACGCCCGCUGUGCCAACAUCGACGACUUGCCAGAGGCCCGACAGACGAUGUCCAACACAUCAACAGAGCACAUCGUCGGCCACGCUACGAAGCUGCCCUGUGUCCGGGCCUCCGCGGUCAGCCCCGGGGAGGUGGUCAGCAACGGGUCCCACUAGCCUACCUCUGUGAGGUAUCCACCAACGGUCCACCUCGAUAGAUGCUAGGAUUAACAUUUUACAUUUUAAUUGUUGAAAUUGAUUGUUUUCUAAUAACAUAGAAAGUUUGUACAAAGUAAUUAGGGGAGCUUUAAGUUGCCGGAACUGCCAAUAUUCCAAGAAAUACCAAUAAAAAAUGCUGUUCUUGGGAAACUGAAAGGCAAUACUAAAAAGAAGAGUAGAGAAGAUUCUACAUUUUACUCGACCGUUUCCAGAUGUUAGAUAUUUACGUUCAAGGGAGGGAAUAUGACAGCGAUGUGAUGCUAUUGUGUUCCAGUAGUUUAUAAUGAACUCACUGGAUAUCAAGAAGAGAAUUACCGCAGAUGAAAAAGCAAAUUAUAGGAAUAUAUUUUGGAACUGUUAAUUUAUACAUACAUGCUGCUAUGUGUCACCAUGAUGUCAUGUCUCUUCUAGCUGUACAAAGGAGCGAGUGACUCAAACUUAUUUCAUUUUAUGUUGCGAUACCUUUAUCUGGUGUCUGGGAAACAUCAUCAUGAAUAUCCUUUUUGUAUGACCUGUGUGAAUCAGUAAUGGUGACAUUAUGAUCAGCUUAAUUUGCUGCCACAUCACCAGUCAGUUUUUUUUUAUAUAUCAAGUAUGUUUGCAUACAUGUUUUGAAAUGGUUUGAAAGUGUUUGUGAUGCUGGUCAAUGAAAUACAGUCCAUGUUAUGCAAUGUGUGAAACGUGAAAAAAUCAAGUCAAUGUAAACUUAAUCCUGCAAUCCAUUACAUUACACAGAGCAGGUUAUAACAAUACUUAAUGGCUCUUCUGAGCUCGAUCUCAGUAAGGACUCUUCUGUCUCCAAUGCAGACCCAACUUAGGCAGUUUUCCAUCUUAUAUUAUAAUAUUUUGCUUACUGCACCGUCCUGCAAAUUUAGAUAAAGAUCACAGUUAUUCUGCAGCAUGACAAGCUUAUGAUAAUCAUAACCAUGAUACUCUCAGUACAAGUGGUAUUGGGUAAUGGAAUGACUGGAGAUCUCCAUACAUUGCUCACUACUCUGUAUAGCUUAGACGUGUCAAUGAAUGUUUGUUUUGGUUAUUUUUUCUUCACUUUGAGUGGACUCGGGCUGUUUUUAUGAUGUUGUGUCCUAACUGAGAUUAUUUAUAUUUUAUAGACCAGGAGAUAAAUGGAUAUGGGUGUCUAAUCAGAGAACUUUAUAGAUCAGUCUGAAGUUUAUUUAGCAAUAAAGAUAACCAAAAAUAAA